GGCCCCGUUCGGUCGUUCAGUCGCCGGAGAGUAUUCUACAGGACUGGACACGUAAUUCCACACCGGAGGCACCCUGCAGGAGCAGAACCAGGGCCAGCAGCAGCAGCAGCAGCACCUGUGCCAGUAUUGGAUUUUGGGGGAAAAUCUUUGGUGGUGGAAGAAGAAGAAGCAAUUUUCUUUGAAAGUGGACGAAAAACAGGCCACUUUUGACCCACGUGUGGGACUCUCUGUGUUUGUGUGUGAACGGGGGGUAAAUUUAGGACCUCCUUAAGGGUCUCUGAAUUUGGAGAGAGAGAGAGAGAGAAAAAAAAUGAUGUAAAAGUUACAAGCAUUAGAGAGUGAAAAUCGAAGAAAAACGGUUUGACGUAGGACUACGUUUGGGAAAUCGGUUUUGUCGGUGAAAAUUCCCCCACUGGUGCAGGAAUAACAAUGUAAAUAAUUGUAAAUUUCUGGGGAAACCACAGACUCCGAAGAAAGGGGUCAGCUACAUGUCCUGAAAAAGGGAUUUAGAGCGAGGAAAAUUGUCGAACGGAACUUUUCCUUGAAGCAUUUUAUUUUUCGCGUAAAGCAAAAGCAAAAUAACUCAGAAAAGGAUUCCCGCAAGGAUAUUCUGCCGCGUUGGUCAUCAUUUGGUGGGGUGGUGUGAGAAUGCAGCAACAUGUUUAACCCAUUUUCCCCUCCUCUCUGUAUGUGUCUGUGUGCGUGUGUGUGUGUGCACACUGCAAAACUACUUUGAACCGCAGUGGAAAAAAAUGUGUGUGCUUUUUUCCAUGUAACCACACACCAGUUUUAAGCAGUCUGGCUCUAAGUGUGUGAGUAGCAGUAAUUUCGACAGUCUCGGGGGAAAAUCUCGGUGAUUAAGUGUGGAACCACACCAGCAAGCAACCAAAUGGAUUAGUCGAACGAACCGAAAAGGAAAAAUUAACCUCCCCCAACCGCCCCUCCACGCGAGGGUUCGUUUUUACUAGCGUGGGAAAAGUUCCCACUUUCAAGGGUGGUUUGUGAACAAAAGAAAAGCAACAACAACAGCAAAAAAUCAAGAAGAAAAACUCUUUUCUUUUUUGUGCGACCGCGAAAAGACGACAACGACGAAGGAAAAAAAAAAAGAAAUCAAGUCCCUUGAGGCGAACAAAAAUCGAAAGUGUGAGCAAAUUGUGAAAUUCGGAAAAUUAAAUGGAAAACAAUUUCGGUUCGCUGACGAUGGCAUUUUCGAUGGUGGCGGUGGUGGCAGGGGUGUAAAUUAAGUGUUGAUUGGUGUAAUUUUGCGCCGGGAAGAUAUCGCUGGGGCGAAAAAAAAGUGCAAGUAACUGCUGAAAAGUUUAUCAGUCUUCUCCAUCUUUCUCACACUAUUGUUGGUGGCGCUUUGCUGGCUUAAUGCAGCAACUAGUUGCAGCGAUUGUGUGUUCGUGUGUGAAUAGCAUUAUCAAACCCUAAGCUUUUGAACUAGAAAACAUAUUCGCUUGUUGGAUUACAUGUAUAAACACGCUUAAAUAAUUACGCUUAACUCGCACAUAAAUCACAGUGUGUACUCUCUUUUCCCGAAAUCAAUUGUGUAUAAGGCGGCACACGUACACAUACACCACGAUGCCGGAUCACUUGGGCUGCGACAGGACGAUCCAUCGUCCUCGUUGGCCGCAGCAGCACCUGGCCAAAGUCGGCAUGUUCGACGUACAACAAUAGCAAUAGUGUGUGUGUGUGCGCGCGCGAGUGUGUGUUUGUGUGAAUAUCAAAAGCGUGACAACGAUGAUUAAUUAUGCAACGCGUCGUAGCAGCAGCAACGGCAGCAGCAGAAUCGAUGUAACCGGUAUUGGUCAUGGCUUCGCCGACUGACAUGACCUAGUUCUUCGAAAGCAGUGGAUCCCUCGACAUUCCGGACACAUUCCGGAAACUGAAUCAACGAAGAAGAAGUGGGAAGCUUUUGUGUCGAUCCGGGCUGUAAAUAACUCAAAGGAAAAAAAGGGAAAUUUUCCCUGGAAAAGAAGAUUUAUGAAGUUAAGGAGCAGGUCAAUCACGGCGGAUGCGUUCGUCGGCUGUACAUAGGCAACGACACUCACGUCAGUUUUCCUCGAGAUCCUUACCCCGUCACUAGUCUAGCGCGCUCCGAGUUGUUCUGUAGAAGUGUUGCGCGAUAAUGUUAUACUCGCGUUGAUCAGUAGCAGUGCAAAUACAUAUUGUUAGCUAGUACUUGUUCAAAAGUAUAAAAUAAUACGAAAAUAUCAGUUUUUCCAAGGCAAAGUUAAUCAAAUACACGUCGUUACAAAUAUAAUAUUAAUAUCAAAUAGUGCAUAGUAAUUAAAAAAAGUGUUGCAUUUAAACAAAACGUAAGCCAAAGUAGUGAACAAAAAGAAGCAAAGUCAUAAUCGCAAUAAUCAUUCGUUUGUAAAAGGAUCCAACUAGAGUUACUUCGUCGUCGUUCUUCGAAUCGAGCCUGGAACGCAAAAGUUAGUUCAAGUUUAGUCGCCGCAUAUAAAGAAUAAACUAAAAAAAGCUUCAAACUAGUGCAACGAUAAAGUGAGUGAACCAACACACAGCAGAGAGAAAAAAAAGUUACUCCCUAGCAAGUGUGUCUGUAUGUGUAAGUGAGCGUGUGCUCGGCAGUAGUCCUAAUAGCAGAGUAGUGUGCAGCCAAAGUGGCAGCUUUCAUGCAAAGGAAGCAUUCCGUGGCAGGUCCAAACUACCGCAUAAUGGUUUUGGACCGUGGUCCUUGUACAGAGCUACCUUAAAUCGAGAGAAAACACCCUCUUCUCCCUUUUCGCUUACUAAUUGAGAGCGAGAGAGAGAGCAAACAAGUAUAGUGGAAACAAUAAUAAUCAUAGCCAUUAAGUAAAAUAAAUAAAUACUAACCGUUUCACCCCACGCUCUCUCCCCUGUUCAAAACUCUCUCAACCCAUCAUCAUCGUGUUACAAAAAAGUAACAACCGUACCCUUUUGUGAGAGAAAAAGUAAAUCAAAAACAAAACAUAAGCAAAAGUGAAACUUCCAAACACGAAAACGAAAAAAAAAAAAUCUGCAAAUUACGAAAAAGUUUUCGGGAAAUAACCGAAACCAGCGUGCGCUAAAACAUAAAAACGAAACAAAGGAAAGUUGCCCCUGAGCAAAUAGUGGAGAAAAAACGAAACUUUGUCCAGCUCGUCACAUUUGGCAAACAUAGAAAAAAAAUAUUUAAAAAAAAAGUUAGCGAAAAAAGCAAAAAUAAAUAUUAAUCUAUCCAAGCAGUGACACACAAGCAGCACAGGACAAGUGAAAAAAAGUGUAAAAAGUUUUGCUUCGAGCACAGAAGGAAAGUUUUCGCAAAAAAAUGGAAAUAAUGAAAACGAUGCUGUUGAAUAGAUUGUUGUGUGACGUUGUGGUAAUGUUGGUGCAGGCGACAACGGUGUAGCCUCCCUCCUGUCACAGGGGGAAAACUAUCAGAAUCGCCGUUGUUGUUGCUGUUGCGAGAGGAGAAUAAAGAAUAUCAGUUCAGUGACUGUUGGUUUGUUUCAACCAAGGAAAUUAUAUAUAUGUGCGCCAGGAUCUAUAAAAAGCCGGAACAAUGACCGAUGCAACGACGCCCAAUGACGGAUCAGGUACAACCGGGGCAAAGCAUCAGGUCGUCGCGUACACGGAGAAGUCGCAGGAAAAGUCCGAGUCGCGCCACAUCCAGCUGGUCCGCGAGUAUGGCUUCCAUCCGCGGUCCAAGGUGCAGGUGGAGGACGGGGCGAUGCUGCCGCGGCGGUUUGAGCCGUUCCCGGACGACAUGUACGGGCGGCCGCUGGAGGAGAUCGACAACUUCAUCUAUGAAGAGACCUUCUGCGUGGUGUCGAAGCGCUUCCGCAAGAACUACAUCCACCGGUUCACCGGGACGAAAUCGCUCUUCUGCUUCACCCCGUGGAGCCCCACCCGACGUGCCUGCGUGUACCUGGCAACGAACCAGUUCUUUGACUAUUUCGUGAUGGCCACCAUCCUGUUUAACUGCAUCUUCCUGGCGAUGUCCGAGACGAUCGAGGAGGCGGAAUAUAUAUUUUUAGCAAUUUACACAUCCGAGAUGAUAAUCAAAAUGAUAGCUAAGGGUUUUAUACUGAACAAGUACACGUACUUGCGCAACCCGUGGAACUGGCUCGACUUUGUGGUCAUCACCAGCGGGUACGCGACGAUCGCCCUCGACGUCGGCAAUCUGGCCGGCCUGCGGACCUUUCGCGUGCUGCGGGCCCUCAAGACGGUGUCGAUCAUGCCGGGCUUGAAAACUAUCAUCAACGCGUUACUGCACUCCUUCAAACAGCUGGCGGAGGUCAUGACGCUGACGAUAUUCUGCCUGAUGGUGUUUGCCCUGUUUGCGUUGCAGGUCUACAUGGGCGAACUGCGCAACAAAUGUGUCAAAAACGUGCCGGAAGGCUGGAACGUCACCCACGAGGAAUGGCAGAUGUGGGCCAACGAUACCGACAACUGGAUCAUCGAUGACGAGGGCCUGCCAAUGCUGUGCGGGAACCUGACCGGGGCGCGCCACUGUCCUCCAGACUAUACCUGCCUCUGCGUGGGCGAGAACCCAAACCACGGCUACACCAACUUUGACAACUUCAUGUGGUCAAUGUUAACAACCUUCCAGCUAAUUACGCUGGACUACUGGGAGAAUGUAUAUAAUAUGGUCCUCGCCACGUGCGGUCCCAUGAGUGUGUCUUUUUUCACCGUGGUAGUGUUUUUUGGUUCGUUUUAUUUGAUAAAUUUGAUGUUAGCUGUUGUUGCCCUAAGUUACGAGGAGGAAGCUGAAAUCACCAAUGAGGAACGGCGGAAAGACCUAAUCGACCACCGGGACGACUCCACGUUCAGCUUCGAUCCGGCCAGUUUGAAUGUUAAGCAGUUAAGCAAGCAGCAGCGCAAGAAGCUGGACGCCCGGAAGGGGGUGCUGCUGGCGUCGUACUCGCGCAAAAAGACCCGCCGGAGAAAGGGCAAGGACAAGGCGGGUGGCGGCAGCAGCAACGGAAACAGUAAUUCGAAAAGUCGCUCGGUGACGCCAAGUCCUAGCCCGAGCCCGCGGCACAGUAUCGUGCGACCUCAGGCCCUUGCCCUGCAGCGGCUACAAACGACCGCGGUGCCAACGCCACCACCACCUCCAGCCCAGCACCAGCACCAAAACCCGAACACGUUGCACCCUUUAGGUGUGCACUACCGGGGCCAGCUGCUGCCGUCGAGCCGGCAGGCCAGCUCGAACGCAAGCGAGGGUGGCCCCAACCGGGAGUCCUCGCUGGACGAUUCCGGCGUGGUGGAUGACCACGAGGAGCAGGACGUGGUAACGGGCACCGAGCUGGCCAUGCACCCGGCUCUGGUUGAGCAGCAGCAGCAGCGGGAGGUAACACCGGUCACGUUGGCGUUAUCACCGCGGGAGGUUAGGAUAAUAAAAUGUAACGGUAAUUUAGCGAAAGUCAAAAAGCACAACGUUUAUGCCCUCCAUCCGGAAUACUUGUCGCAAAUUGUUGUAAUAGACGAUCUUCCUGAUAGAAAUUGUGAUAGAUGUGUUCAAUGUUGUGUCAGCUACGAAAGGUGGUUGCAAUUUCAAAAUUGUUUAUACAAAAUUGUUAAGGAUCCAUUGUUCGAAUUAGGGAUCACACUGUGUAUUGUUUUAAAUACAUUGUUUUUAGCGUUAGAACAUCACGGGAUGAACCAGAACGUGCGUGAUGCGUUAGAAUACGGUAAUAGGGUUUUUACAUCGGUUUUUACACUCGAGUGCAUAUUAAAGGUGGUGGCCCUGUCGAAGGAUUUUUUCUCCUGCGGCUGGAACAUUUUCGACCUGAUCAUCGUUUCAGCCAGCUUGCUCGAUCUGAUCUUCGAACUGAUGGAGGGCCUGACUGUGUUGAGGGGGUUAAGAUUGUUACGGGUACUGAAACUAGCACAAUCAUGGACCACGAUGAAGGUCCUGCUAAGUAUUAUCAUAUCGACAAUAGGUGCUUUAGGUAAUCUGACGUUCGUGUUGGUGAUUGUUAUCUAUAUUUUUGCUGUUAUCGGAAUGCAGUUGUUUUCCAAAGAUUACACCCCGGACAAGUUCGCACCGGAUCCGGUGCCAAGGUGGAAUUUUAACGAUUUUUUUCAUUCGUUCAUGAUGAUUUUUCGCAUUUUGUGCGGAGAAUGGAUAGAGCCCCUGUGGGACUGUAUGAGGGCUGAGGAGGAGCAAGGAGCUUCCACGUGCUUUGCCAUCUUUCUGCCGGCACUGGUGAUGGGCAACUUUAUGGUUCUGAACUUGUUCUUGGCCUUGUUGCUCAACAGUUUUAAUUCGGAGGAGCUGAAGUCCAAGAAAGAGAGUUUCGAGCAGGAAGUCGGCGAGGACUCGAAGCUGGCGCGCAGCUUCGAGCGCAUCCGGUCGAUCGUACGGAAGAAGCGGAACGCCAACAAGGAGAAGAACGAGAACGAGUCCAACACCCGGCUCGAGCAGCUCGUCAACGAGAUCGUGAUCAAGCAGCGCGAGGAGAAGCAAAAGUACACGGCCGCACUGAAGGACUCCGCGAUCGUGCUACCUGGGGAGUUCCGGUCGAUGGUGGUGGUGCCCGGUGGGGGCACGAUCACAAGUGGGGGUGGCGUGAUCGGAGGAGCGGGACCGAUCUACAGCCACAGCUAUCAGGAAUCUCUGGCGCUAGGGAACGUCCCUAAUGACGAACUGUGUUACGAGAUCCCGCUGAAAGAUCGACCGCUGCGUACCAUUUCGGGCAGUCAGGAAACGGUGUCCCAGAUGGACGACCGACAACUCCCGGACGACAACGUGCAGUCGGUGGUGGCGGCACCGGUGCAGAUGACCGACGUGGAGCGCAAGAUUCUGCAGCAAAUGUCUUCCGGCUUUGGCACGCAGCAGAGCAAGGACGAACCGACGGUGACGGAGUCGCUCGAGCUGCGUGCCCUCAAUCCCAUCAGUUCUUCCGAGAUCGACCCGAACGAGCAGUCGAUCCACAUUCCGUACGACGAGGCUUACUUGCAGUACCAGAAGUCGCUGUUGAACCGAUCGCCGAGCUAUCGGAAAUCGCUGGACAAGACUUCGUCGCGGACUUCCAGCGCGCACUCGUUGGCGACCUCGCUGGCCAAGUGCCACUCGCCGCUGGUGCAGGAGGUGCUGAACGCCGGGUCGACCUACCUACGCAACAGCAAUAUCUCGCUCAUCCAAACGCCAACACAGACACAGACGGUAGUACCUAGACGUGAAGAUAAUCAUUUUUUAGUAGCCGAUAGGAAAAGUAGUUUAGACAAAUCGAUAACGGCCUCCCCGCCGCAGCCGGCUUCGCAGCCGAUCAGCCAACAACGUUCGCCAAGUACCAGCAGUAGUAUGCGCAAGGCGGUGCUGGCCGCCAACCGUCUGUCGGACCACUCGCUCAACACACUCUCGAUCGACCAGGACGAGCUGCUGAACCAGAUGAACCUGAAGGACGAGUUGCUCAACUGCGAGCAGAAGGAGCUGUUUCAGUUCCUGAACGACGAGUUCGACAGUAGCAACAACUAUUUCAGCGAAACGGUCGGCUACAGCAGCGCGAUCGUCGAAGCGGACACCGAAAGUCUGCUGCUCAACUCCAAGAAGGAGGACAUCAUCUACUCUCCGGAUCGGAAGAUCUCCAACGGUAGCCUAAAGUCUAAUUUAAGUAGUAUAUCCAAUUCGAUCUUUCAAGCGCUGGAGAACCGGCGAGGGGGCAGCAUCUGCGGAUCGCUGGACAAGCAGCAGAUGCCACAGCGACCGAUGAUCUCGGUGGACAACGGCAGUCUGCUGUCCCGGCCCGAUUCGGACGACAAGGAACCGCUGGUCAAGACGUCCGAGUUUGACGACAUCAUUCACAGCUUCGACACGGAGCUGAAGAGCCUCAAAUCGCUGUCGCUGGGUCGAAGUCACUCGCAGACGGAACCUCCGACGUCGCCGGAACGCGAACGCCGCAACUCGGACACGAUCACGUGCCCGUCGAAGGCUGUGAUGGAAGAAGUGGUCCGUCUGCGGAGGCCCAAAUCCAGUACCGUUUGUAAUUAUAGGAGUAGUAAAGACAACAAUAACACGCAUGGCAAUAAUACUAGUGAUAACGACAGUAAUACGUGUAACAAUAACCCUAGGACUAGUACCGGUAACGAUAGUAAUAGCAGUAAUACCGAUAGCAAUACUCAGCGAAGUGAGGCGUCCAAGCGGCGCAGCCUGGAGAAGCAGCGCAACAUUACCGACGAGGAGUUCAACAUGGGACUAGAGAUUAAGAAACUCUGUGAUCAACUGCAGGCACCGUUCGCCGCCGCACAGCAGGACAAACAAUUCCUGACACCAGGUUUGGAUCCACCAACCACCAGCAACAACAACAACAACAUCAGUACAAUCCCCAUCGUGUUCCGACGGAAGAACGACUUCCACAGCAGCUUCGACCGCAUCAAGCGGCUCAGCUUGAUCGAACGCGUCGAAGAGGGCAACGAGGACGAGAAGGCGACCGUGCCGAAGGUCUCCAGCGAAAAGCUUCCACGCAAGAACCUGUCCAAAGAUCGGCUGGAAACGCUCUCGCUCAAGAGCAGCUACAGCGUGGAAAACUGCGAGAAACCAAUCGGCGAAAAUACCCGCCAAAUCGGCAUCAGCAUACAGGAGUUCCAGCGAAACAUUGCUCAAGAAAACGGCGGGCAAACCACGAUCGUGGAACCGCCCAAGGCACCGCUCAAAAAGACGGUCACAUACGGCGAGACGUCCCGGCAGGACAGCUCGGCACAGCCGACGCCCAAGCGGACUCCGUACAAGACCUACGAAUCCGACGCGCCUUUGAACCUAGCGGGGAAGCCGUGGCACUGUCUGGUGUCUUACGUGGACGACAUCACCGUUGGUGGUCGUCGUAAUUCGCAAGGCGUCUAUGACGACCCGAUGGCGUUCCCCAGCUUUGGCCGUCGGAAGGCGCCCAAGAUACCGCAGGACUGCUUCCCCCAAAAGUGCUACGAAAAAUGCAAGUGCUGGGACAACUGUCUCAAGACCGACCUCGGCCAGCGCUGGUACCGAUUUCGGCAGUCCACCCUGCAGUACGUCGACACGCCCGCCUUCGAGUGGUUCGUGCUGGUGCUGAUCUUUGCGUCCAGCAUCACGCUCUGCUUCGAGGACAUCCACCUGGACAAGAACAAGCGGCUCAAGCAGAUCCUCUACUGGACCAACUUUGUCUUCUGUUUGAUCUUUGUCAUCGAGAUGUUGCUCAAGUGGGUCGCCCUGGGGUUUACCAAGUACUUCUCCAGCUUCUGGACGAUACUGGACUUUAUCAUCGUAUUCGUGUCGGUAUUCUCGUUGCUGAUCGAGGAGAACGAAAACUUGAAAGUACUACGCUCGCUCAGAACGUUGCGCGCGCUCCGUCCCCUGCGAGCAAUAUCCCGAUGGCAGGGCAUGAGAAUAGUAGUGAAUGCAUUGAUGUAUGCGAUCCCGUCGAUCUUCAAUGUACUCCUAGUAUGUCUCGUCUUCUGGCUGAUCUUCUCGAUCAUGGGCGUACAGUUUUUUGGCGGGAAGUUCUUCAAGUGCGUUGACGAAGACGGCGAACUGCUGCCGAUCCACAUCGUCAACGACAAGUGGCAAUGCUUCGCCCAAAACUACACCUGGAUCAACUCCAAGAUCACGUUCGAUCACGUCGGUAUGGGCUACCUGGCACUGUUUCAGGUGGCCACCUUUGAAGGGUGGAUGGAGGUUAUGGCGGACGCGGUGGACGCUCGCGGCGUCGACCUGCAGCCCCAGCGGGAAGCGAACCUGUACGCUUACAUCUACUUUGUGAUCUUUAUCGUGUGCGGAUCGUUCUUCACGCUCAAUCUGUUCAUCGGAGUCAUCAUCGACAACUUUAACAUGCUGAAGAAGAAGUACGAGGGCGGAGUGCUGGAGAUGUUCCUGACCGAGUCGCAAAAGCACUACUACACUGCCAUGAAGAAGCUGGGCCGCAAGAAGCCCCAGAAGGUGAUCAAGCGACCGAUCAACCAGUUUCUCGCCAUGUUUUACGAUCUUUCCAACUCGCGGAGGUUCGAAAUCGCCAUCUUCGUGCUGAUCUUCCUGAACAUGCUCACGAUGGGCAUCGAGCACUACGAUCAACCGCACGCCGUCUUCUUCGUGCUCGAGGUCAGCAACGCGUUCUUCACCACCGUGUUCGGGCUGGAAGCGAUCGUGAAGAUCGUCGGGCUGCGCUACCACUACUUUACCGUCCCGUGGAACGUGUUCGACUUCCUGCUGGUGCUCGCCUCGAUCUUCGGCAUCCUGAUGGAGGACAUCAUGAUCGAUCUGCCCAUCUCGCCGACGCUGCUGCGCGUGGUUCGCGUGUUCCGAAUCGGGCGAAUACUGCGGCUGAUCAAGGCUGCGAAAGGUAUACGAAAGCUGCUGUUUGCCUUGGUGGUAUCGCUACCGGCACUGUUCAACAUCGGAGCGCUGCUGGCGUUGAUCACGUUCAUCUACGCCAUCAUCGGGAUGUCACUGUUUGGGCACGUCCGGCAGCAGGGUGCCCUCGACGAUAUGGUCAACUUUGAGACGUUUGGCCGGAGCAUGCAGCUGCUGUUUAGACUGAUGACAUCGGCCGGUUGGAACGAUGUCCUGGAAUCGCUCAUGAUUCAGCCGCCCGACUGCAAUUUGGCGCCCGAUCUUUCGAACGGCGACUGCGGUCAUCCGCUUCUGGCAAUCACGUACUUUACCAGCUUUAUUAUAAUCAGUUAUAUGAUUGUGAUAAACAUGUAUAUCGCCAUCAUCCUCGAGAACUUCAACCAGGCCCACCAGGAAGAGGAGAUCGGAAUCGUCGAGGACGAUUUGGAGAUGUUCUACAUCCGGUGGUCGAAAUACGACCCCCAUGCGGGACAGUUUAUUCACUUUAACCAGCUGUCGGACUUUAUCGCUUCGCUAGACCCCCCGCUGGGUAUACCGAAGCCGAACACGGUCGCACUGGUGUCGUUUAACUUGCCAAUAUCCAAAGGCAACAAGAUUCACUGCUUGGAUAUUCUACAUGCCCUGGUCAAGCACGUACUAGGGCAUGUGGAGGAGACUGACAAUUUCAAGCAGCUGCAAGACCAGAUGGACCAGAAGUUCAAGAAACAGUUCCCAACUCGUAAGGAGUUAGAGAUUGUCUCCUCGACGCGCAUCUGGAAACGACAGGAGAAGGCCGCCAAGACCAUCCAGACAGCUUGGCGGGAGUAUCUAAGGCUGAAGAAGGAAAGAGAGCGCUCUCCGAUGUCUCUCGAAGACGAAAACACCCAGACCUCGAGUCCCGGUGGUUGGCAGAGCAAACUGUCCGCCCUGAACUUCCUCCACCUGCAGGUACACCGCCGAGGCACGGCUACCUCCAGUCGUGCAUCGUCCCGCAAAUCCUCUCGUGCUUCCGACGCUUCCGAUCUAAGCGAACUUGCUGGACCUUGGUUGAACCUUCCGUUGAUGCUGGUGUCCGGUACGAGUGAUACCGCCAAAGACGUCAAGCAGAUGCACGCCAACGGGCAAGAGCUGAAAGAUUCCAUCGAGGGUAAGGCCGGUCCCCGGCGGCGGAGCUUUUACAACUUUCCGUUCUUCCUCGGCCGGCAAGACGCCGUCGAAGAGUCCAACAACUCGCCCCAGCCGCAAAAGCGACCGCUCAAGACGAGCGAAACGGACCUCUCGUUGCCGACCUCGUUGGACAAGACCACACCGGUAGCGUCACCAACGCCGCCGGUGAAGCACAAACGGGCCACCAGCUUCGUGAAGAAGAAACCUCCGCUGGAGCGUGGCUUCUCCGCGCAAAGUGCCCUCCGGUUGAACCGGAAUGCCGCAGUCGCGGAUGACACCCUCUCGGUCUCGACGGCAGACGUUAGCAUUCUGGUGACGGAACCGUCUCCGGACGUUCCGACCGGCCCUAACCUCGUCAAGCUGCCCGGCGGAGAAGCGACGCUGGUGCACGUGCUGGUGCAUCGCGAAAGCGAAGAGUACCAGUCGGACGUGGACGAGAAAGACGAGACCAAAGUGAAAGAGCCUCGUGAUCCCUCCAAAGCAAGCGAUAUUAAAAUCUCCCCUGGCACGAAUGUUGAUUAUCAAAUUCUAGGUGGUUGCGACGAGGGACCCCGUCCGGUGGUCACCAUCUGCGUCGAGAGUCCGAAGGAGUCUCCGGAUACGCCGGAUCAGAAACAGCUGCCCAGCGAUGAUACGGUCAUCACGAUGGUUGACCCGGAACCGAUCGAUGUGAAUCUGCCGCGCGAUACCUCCAACAUCUUCUACGACUAUGAGGAACCGAAGGAGACCAAGCCGGCGAUCAUUCCACCGGAAGUUCCUCCCCGGGCUCACGUACAUCCGCUGCAACAGCAAGAUCUGGACAAGAUCGAGUACGAUACCGCACGGAUGAGCAGCAGUACGAGCAGUGCGACCAGCAACUGCAGCAGCGGUAGCAGCACCACAAGCGGAGCCGACGGCGGCGCCCCUGAAUGUCCCCGAAAGACCGGAGAAGACCUCCGAAGGGUGAGCUGACCAACCGAAACGUCCCACCCGAAGCAACUGGACCAGGACGCGGACAGCAGCCAGCCGGAUACCACUAGUUGACAAUCUUCUUCUCCCCCUUUUUGAGUACUUUUU